CAGAGCUCAUCAGAAGCGAUGAUGUUACAGAGUUGGGGUCAUGCUGUGUCAGUGGUACGGAUUAAGGGCCUGUGGGUUAUUCUGUGUCUGGUACUGGCUCUACCAGGCUGCAAAGCUUUCCUGCCCAACUUCUGGUCCCGUGUUUUAACCCUGUCCUGGGACUCAUACACACACCAGUACAUCACUGAGCAGGCUGUCCUCAACGUCACCCUGGAGACACUGAGCAUGACCAACACACAGGGGCAGGCCGGUCUGGGACGAGGAUUCUGGCGUGCUGUGGGAGAGGUGGUGCAAUCCAAUGUGGCCAUGGACUUCCUGAGCUCCACGCGUUCUGACCCGAUCUACCACUUUGACUCGGAGCGCAUGGAGGAAGCAAUUGCGAUGCUACGGGAGUUCUGGGACCAAACCUUGCUCUCGGCACGUGCCAAAGACUACCAGGGGGCCAGACAUAGUCUGGGACAGCUACUACACUCUCUCCAGGAUUUCUAUAGCCACAGUAACUGGGUGGAGACAGGCCAGCAGUCUCUAUACCUCCACCUGUUGCAGCCUGGACAGCCUGCCUUCCCCGUAGCCACAGAAGGUACCCCUACAUGUAUGGAGUGCGACAGCGCCACCUGCAGGGACAACCUACUGCCCAGACUUAGUCAGCAGCACCCUCUACUGCUCACCACGGGGUACUUCGGCACAUACCCCCCCAAACCAAAAGGGAAAUGUAGUCACGGGGGUGUAUUGGAUUUCAGUCGCAAUCAGGGGGCCACGGGGGGCAUCAAUAAGGACAGCACAUCCCCCCUCUUCUCCCCUCAUCACUACCUACAUGCUGAGGCUGCCCAUCUGGCCACCAUGGCAACCCUCAAUGUUCUCAGAGACCUCAGAGACGAUGUCAGUCCUCCCGUCUUUCUCAGACUCUUCAGUGUGAAGCAGCCUCCAGCGCUGGUGUUUGUCAUGGACACAACUGGCAGCAUGUUUGAGGAAAUCACUGCUGCCCGCCUCCGUGCCUUCUCCAUAAUACAGGCCCGUGCCAAUACUCCUGAGCAGCCUGGCACCUUCCUGAUGGUACCCUUCCAUGACCCAGGGGUGGGUCCGGUGUAUGAAACAGACCAACCAGAGGAGUUCAUGGGCUAUAUGGAGAACCUCAUGGCUCUUGGGGGAGGAGACGAACCUGAGAUGUGUCUCACAGCCAUACUGCUGGCCCUCACUCAUAGCCCUCCCCUGUCAGAGAUAUUUGUGUUCACUGAUGCUUCUCCAAAAGAUGCCCACUUGUACAAUGCUGUUUUGGCCCUUACAAUGGAGAAACAAUGCAAGGUGAACUUUCUCUUGACUAAAGACCCCAGUUACGAGUUGAGGGGGAGGAGGAAGAGGAGGGAGGCACUGUCCCCUGACCGUUUCUCUCUCUACUCCUCCCUGUCCUCUGUGUCCGGGGGACUGACCGUCUUCACCACCAACUCAGACAUCCAACGGGUCUCUGCCAUAAUCGAGGACAACACAGCUGCAGAUAAGGUGACUCUGCUACAUGCAGAGGGUGACAGCACCUCUGAGUUGUCCCAUCACUUCAGAGUGGACAGCUCGGUGAAGAACGUGACCCUUCACCUCACUGGGGACCUCAAAUAUUGCGUGGUCAGCAGCCCAACUGGUCAUUCUCAGUCUCUGUUGAGUCAGCAGGGUCCCCUGGCAGAGUUGGAGCAGUUUCAGGGUCUGUACAGGAUCCGCCUGCUGUCCUCUAUAGAGCCAGGCCUAUGGCACCUCCACACCAUUGCUCAGGGCCCCGUCACAUUUAAUGCUAUAGCUUAUAGCAGGCUGGACUUCCUGUAUUACUUUGCUGUGGAGACCAAUGGAACGCAUCCAGGCCUGGCCAGAGUGGAGGGCAGUCCAAUUACAGGUGUCCCUACAUUUCUAGUGAUGACUGUCACGGGUCUAUCACAUAAUGAAGAGGCCAGUUUCAGUCAUGUGACUCUCUUGGACGCCAAUGGGGAAAGCCUGCAGACGGUGUGGCUCAACUCUUCCUCUGGUUUUUCAUCCUCUGGGGAGGAGCUGGUUGGCCACAUGUCCUCUGUUCCCAGGGUGCCGUUCUGUGUCCGUCUGUCCGGGAGAGAUGGUGGAGGAAAUCUUCUGGAACGCGUCUCCACGGAGAUGAUCCAACCCACACAUGUUCAAAUACAGAUCCUGUCUGUCCCACGGCUGGUUUCUGGCCACAGUACAACAGUACAUUUUGAUGUUCAGAACCACGGCCCAGCCCGCCCCUUCACACUGACCUCUGACGAUGACCGGGGAUAUCUCUCUCAAAAAGGACCGCUAAGUUUCUCCGUGGGGGAGAGGGGGUCAGUAAGAGGGGAGGUGAAGCUCCAAACCCCAGAGGGAGCAGAGGCCGGAGGGUCAGUCACUUUGACCUUGACAGUGCGAGCGCUGAACUCCUUGGACUCCAACUAUGCAGUGAUGCACCUGACAGUUGUUCCUCCGGACCCUGACCUGACUCCACCUUCAUGCUCCACUAUGCGGGUGGAGCGCACCUGCCCAGGAUCAAAUCAGUGCACUGGAGCCAGCUGGACAGUCUCUCUGGCAGUGACGGACAGAGGGGGCACUGCCCUAGCUUCUAUCCAACUCUUUGAGGGUCAGGGUGCUCUCACCCUGCUCCACGGCUCCACAGACCCAGCAGGGGACAGCCUGGAGGAGAGACAGAAUCACAGAGACAGGAAGAGGGCAGGCACAACGCAGGGUGUGAAUGGCAAUGCUGAAAUGGGACUUAGGCUUGUACAAGGUGACUCUCCUCUCAAUGUGGCCCAGUGGACAAGUGGAUUAGCCAAGCCCCAGCCUUUGUGGGUGAGGUACACCUCCCCCUGCUGUUCCCCCCAGGCAGAGCUCCUGGUGUGGGAUGGGGCCGGCAAUGUAAGAAGUUGUCAUCUUACUGCCAGUCAGCAGAGGAGGAUGUGGGACACGAGCGGAGAGACCAACAGAGCUGGAGAAAUGCUGGGCAAAAGUAUAUUUUUGUUAUUGCUGUUAUUGUUUUGCAGUUUGAAUUGUACUGUUCCACUAUAGGUGAUUAAAUUAAUAAAAAUAUAUAUAUGUGAAAAAGUUGACACAAUGGAAAGAGAUAAAACAUGCCAGAAAAUAUCAAGGAUAACACAAUGAAGUCCAAAGACAUGUUUCCAUUGGGGCCCUCAUUGUAAGAAAGGGCAACAAAGCCAACACAAAUAGUAAAUAUCCAAAUAUAUAAUUAGUACAAUGAUUAUCGUAUUCUGCGACAAUAUCCGAAAUACCUAAUAGUACAUAGUGGCUUAGGCAUAGUAAAAUAAAAGUUCAAGGCUGCAUCAGUAGUGGUUAAGCGCCACCUUGGUUCUCUCUGUCACAUCUUUGCUCUGUCACACUUUUGUUUUCAGGACAGACAGGGCUUGUUUUACAAAAUAAAAGCCCUGAACACUUUAUUUUGCAUUAGUACAUUGCAGUUCCAUUUGAGGAGAGACAGGAAAGUUAAAGGGAUUAAGGCGGAGGAGUCUUUGGGCAUCACUUAGGCAUUCACUUACCUUCUUCAUCCCAGCCAAGUCACACUCAGACCUUCUCUUCAUGACAGGGCUCCUCUUCGGCCAAGUGAGCACAUGUAAAAAAUCAGAGCACACAACGUGCUAUCAGUUUAGGAGC